AUGGCACAAGAAGGCGUUAUCAACUUGGCUGAAACCCUAUCGGCCCUGCCUCCCGUCCCCGCCUCCCACAAACAACUCCGCACUCACACAAGAUCAAUCAUCCAUUUCAAAACAUCACCAGCUCCUGUGCUGGUUAUUCUUGACGAUGACCCAACAGGAACACAAACAUGUCAUGAUGUCACCAUUCUUACAGUCUGGGAUGUACCAACAAUUACUUCAACGUUUAAGCAAGUAGGAACUGGCAACGGCUUCUUUAUCUUGACAAACUCACGCGCCCUCCACCCUCCUCAAGCUCGAGAUCUCAUGAUCGAGAUAUGUACGAACCUCAAGGCCGCUUCACAGGAAGUUGAUCUAGCGUAUGAGAUUGUCCUGCGUGGAGACUCCAUCCUUCGCGGACACUUUCCCCUGGAGCCCGAGGCGGUAGAGCACGUCAACGGCGCGUUCGAUGCUUGGAUCUUAUGCCCAUUCUUCCUCCAAGGUGGACGGUACACUAUCAACGAUAUCCACUACGUCCAUGAAGGCGAUCAUCUUAUCCCAGCUGCAGACACACCGUUUGCCAAAGACGCCACAUUUGGUUACAAGAGCUCCAAUCUGCGGGAUUAUGUGGUGGAAAAGUCAAAGGGACAGAUUCCGCAGAGCAACAUCGACUCAAUCGAUUUGGAAACAAUUCGAGUGGGGGGACCGGAUGCUGUUUACCAAAAGAUAAUGGCUAUUCCAAAGAGAGAAAAGGCUCCCAUUGUGCUGGUUAUCAACGCCGCUGCCGAUGAAGAUAUAGAUGUGGUUAUCAGUGCGCUCUUGCAGGCUUCGCAGCAGGGAAAGAGAUACCUCUACAGAACGGGCGCUGCUUUUGUCUCGUCACGAUUGGGAAUUUCGUCUAUACCACCUCUCUCUGCGUCUCAACUGAGUUUGUCAAAGGACGUUGGUGGUCUGAUUAUAGCAGGCUCAUACGUUCCCAAGACGACUGCACAGUUGGAUUCUUUGGUCACCAAAUCGGGAGACAAUCUGACAACUAUUACUCUAAACGUCAAAGAACUCCUCAAGUCGGAUGAGUCAGCCAAGCGAGAUGUAUCAAAUGCUAUCGAACUCGCUACUCAGAAGAUCAAAAACGGUCAAGAUGUACUCAUCAUGACCAGCAGAGAACUAAUUGUUGGAAAAGAUGAAGUGGAGAGCUUGGAUAUUGGCUCCACGAUAGCCAAAGCAUUGGUCUCGUUCCUUCAGAACUUGGAGCAGAAGCCGCGUUACAUCAUUGCAAAGGGAGGUAUUACAUCUUCCGAUAUGGCUACAAAGGGAUUGAGGAUGAAGCGAGCUCUCAUUGUCGGCCAAGCUGCACCUGGAGUGCCGAUGUGGCGAUGUGAUGAGCCUGAAUCCAAGUGGCCGGGGUUGAACUAUGUCGUGUUUCCUGGAAAUGUUGGUCAUAAUGAUAGUCUCUAUGAAGUUGUUAGACAGUGGAGAGAGUUUAUGUAG